AUAAAAUGAAAACAAAAACAUUAAGACAAAUUACAAAACAAAAUUUCGUAACUAGUUUUUCAGACUUUCAAUUUUGGUUUGCGUCUUAACUCUAAAUUACUAUAUUAUAAAAAUUAUUAAUUAAAAUUUCCACUCUACGAUUAAUUCCAAUGCAACCAUGACCGAAAACACAUCUACAAUUCCGGCAAGUCGUCUCACCGUAUCCAAAGUUGAUGUAAAAAGUGGAUGUAUUUAUAUAAAGUUGUUAUGGGAGCAGGACCCUAAUGAAUUAUUUAGAAUUCAUAUAUUUGAAAGCGAUAACAGAAGUUGGUCAGGCAGUUUUACUUAUGAAAAUGCUAGACAGUGUAGAGAAUCAUUUGAUAUUGAAGACGAAAAUCAGUACAAAAUGAGCGUCAAGGAAGCCCUGAUUGGUGUCAGUGAUUGCUAUGUUUUUGAUUUCGAUGUUAACAAAGGUGAAUUUAGAUGGAAAAAGAAAUUCCCUGAUUCUGCUGUUGUUGAACAUGGUAGAGUGACUGUACAUAAGGAUGAUGUACCAACUUCCAUACAUACAUUGGUAGAUAUUCUACUGGAACAAAACCAGUCUCUCCUCAAUAUUAUUCAAGAAUACAGCAAGAAUCACAUGGGUCUCGAAGCUGAAUUAGAUCUAUGUAAACAUGAACUGGACAAUUUUAUUGACACUAAAAUAUCAUUAGAAGAGACAAUGUAUGGGAAAUUUUUGCAAUUAUUAAAUGAAAAGAAACGGAGAAUAACAAUGCUUGAUGAAGCAAUCAAGUCAAUGGACAGUUGAAUUACAACAAACACAGCCAAAAUCAAGAAACUAAUAGAAACUACUUUUAUUGAAUGUUGUUACAAGCAAAUUCUUUUUUAUCGCACAAAAUUUUAAUGUAUU